CUGCACAAUGCUUCACCUGAAGGAGAGGCUGUCUAAAUGUGGACUCAAAGCCUUCAGUGUUUCAGUUUUCCAUCAUGCUGUUGUCCUGCUUCUCCUGACAGACUGCUGUGGAGGUCAGUCUCAGGUAGUUGGUCCAUCUCAGCCAAUAAUAGUAAGAGUUGGUGAUGACGUCAUUUUGCCAUGCAAUGUGAAGCCAGCUACGGAUGCUGUUAGUAUGACUUUGGAGUGGUCGAGACCUGACCUGAACCCCAGGUUUGUCCAUGUGAGGCAUGAAGGUAAAGACCUCCACGAUAAUCAACAUUCAUCCUACAAAGGAAGAACAUCACUGUCCAUCGAGAGUCUGAAACAUGGAGACAUUUCAUUAAAACUCUCCAAAGUGAAACUCUCUGACAAUGGAAAAUACAGAUGCUUCCUUCCAGAUCUGAAUAAAGACUCUACUGUUCAGCUUGUUGUUGGGGCUGCCUCCUCUUCUGCCAUCAGUUUAGCGGGGAUCGACACAUCUAUCAGCGCAGUGGUGUUACAGUGUGAGUCUAAAGGCUGGCAUCCACAGCCUGAGGUGUUCUGGCUGGACGGUGAGGGAAACCUCCUCUCUGCUGGACCUACAGAUACAGUCAGAGGUCCUGAUGGUCUCUAUACUGUCAGCAGCAGAGUGACUGUGGAGAAAAGACACAGCAACAACUUCACCUGUAGAGUCCGACAGAACAACAUCAACCAGACCAGAGAGACAAACAUCAUUGUUCCAGAUGAUUUCUUCAUUGCUCCAAGUAAUUCUGUUGGUCGUAUCGCCAUCACCUUGGCUGCUUGCUUCAUGUGUGUUCUUGCAGUUAUCUUUGUUGUCUGGAAAUGGAGGCAAAAUGAAACCAAAAACAAGAUGAAAACACAAAGAGAAGAACAGCAGCUAAUGGGAUAUAACGACAUGAUUGAUACACAGAAGGAACAUGAGCAGCAACUGAAGAACCAGAGAGAUGAACUCAGAUCUCAUAGGGCCAAGAUAGAGAAACUGGUGGAGGAGAAAGAUGAUCUGUUUCAAACAGUGGAGAAAGAAAUAACAGAGAAGGAGGAUAAGAGUUUCACCAGGGCAUCAGAAUACAUAAAGCUAAAAGACAUAAUAUUAGGGUACAAAUGGAACCUAAAUGAAAGAGUGAAAGAACUUGAUAAACUUGUAAUGAACACAGACAAACUUUUAAAUAAGACAGAGUGUGUGACUAAAACAACCUCUGAAAAGAACGAAGAGGAGAACCACAAGGAGCAAAAACAAAUAUCUGAAGCUUAA